GGGCCGGAGUCUGCGUACUGACUACGUCACAGUUACGUCACUGUACGUGCGUGUGUACGUCCGCCGCUGAGUGAGCCAGACGCGGCGCUCAGUCUGAGAGAACCCGCCAGUCCGAACGCACGAGCAUGUCGCUGCCCGCACCCUAGCCUCACGCGGCUGCCACCCGGGAAUGUGCCAGGAGACUCAGGACAAGGAGUACCCACACGACUGCCAGUGCGUCCGCCCUCGCACGGGCCUCUCGCCACCCGCACAAUACAUUGUUCGCUCGUGAUACGUGAGUGGCUCAUCGGUGGUGAUUUUUGGUGAUUAGUGAAGCAGCAGCGACGAGAGCGUCAGCGUGCUCAGUGGUGUUCGAGUGGAGGUGAUCAAAGUGCAGUGAAUGUUGUCAGAGAGCCGAGGUAACAUGUCCUCCUUCAGAAGCCAGCGGCAGCACUGCUACCUGUGCGACCUGCCCCGCAUGCCGUGGGCCAUGCUGCACGACUUCUCGGAGCCCGUGUGCCGCGGCUGUGUGAACUACGAGGGCGCGGACCGGAUUGACCUGGUCAUCGAGGCCGCCCGCCAGAUGAAGCGCGCCCAUGGCAUCAACGAAAACCGCCAGGGCCCGCCCUCCAAGCCUCACCCCCGCGUGCCCAUGGAGGCCCAAAACGGCGCCCACCACGGACCUAUCAAACUGGAGGCGGGCAUCAAGAUGGAACCCGGAUCUCACUCGCACGCCCACUCCCACGGCGGCCACCCAACACAUACGGCCGCCCUGCCGCCCCCGGGCACCCCCGGCGUCGCCUUCGUGUCCGGAGACGUGCGGCAACGGGGCCCUCACAUGCUGGCCUUCCCUGCAGGGCUGCCCCACCGGGAUGACCCGCACGCCCCUGCCCUUGUACGGCCGCCCGCCCACCUUCCCGCCCACCCGCUCCCGCCUCCACACUCCCGCCCGCCGGCGCCCCCGGGGUCAUCCUCGGGGUCGGCGCCGCAGAAGAGGUCGUUCGAGCGCGACGACGCCCAGAGUCCAAGCGAGGGCAGCGUGCCCAAGCGCCCCAUGCUGGAGGAGAGUCACAGGCCGCCCCUCACGCGGGGCGAGUCCCUGCCAGCGCCCCCCGUCGCAGCCAACUACAAGGACGCCGCGAAACACCACCCCGUCCGAGUCUGGUCCUUCGACGGCUCCUCGUCCAAGCCCCCUGCAGGCUAUCCUGGUCUACCAGUGAGCGCUGCUGCUGUGGUCGCGGCGCAGGCUGCCAGCAGUCAGAGUCAGCCGCAGGCGCAGGCGCAGGCCCCGAGUGGGACCCGCACCACCUCCCCCGAGGGCCCCAAUUCCUCCACCAACGGUCAGUCCCCCAUGGCGGCCCUCCAGAGUGUGACGGACAACCUUCCCCCGGGGUCGCCACGCAGCCACGCCUCGGCCUCCCCCCAGCAGCGCUCUGCUUCCAGGAACUCCCAGCUGUCGCCAACCUCAGGAGAACCGAGGCGGAGAUCCUCGGGCGGGCGACACGGUGACUCCAGCGGGGACAGCAGCCCUGGGGCGCAGGGGAGCGGCGCCGGUAACGAGGGCUCGCAGCCGAGCAGCAACCUCAAGUGCACCAUCUGUACCGAGCGCCUGGAGGACACCCACUUCGUGCAGUGUCCCUCCGUCCUGCACCACAAGUUCUGCUUCCCCUGCUCCAGGGACUCCAUCAAGCGGCAGGGGGCCGGCACGGAGGUGUAUUGCCCGAGCGGCGACCGGUGUCCCCUGGCCGGGUCCUCGGUGCCCUGGGCCUUCAUGCAGGGCGAGAUAGCGACCAUCUUGGGGACGGCCAACAUCUUGCCCCAGCACUCGCAGGACGAGGCCAAGACCAAAAAGGAGCGCGACACAUAAGGCUGUGUCGCAGCAUCUCUUCUGGUUUUAGUUGAAAGAAGGUCGCCGACGGUGCUCGUCUGCCGGUGACUUAUUGUCGACGCCGAUCGCAAGUUGCCGUGCUCGGCGUUGGUGGCGCUAUGUACUAGCGUGUCCAAAUGGUGCUGGAUGUGGUCCUUGCUCGAGACUCUGUCCGGUUAGCGGUGGGGGCCGCGGCCGAGGUCCUCCGUGUGGGCCUCGUGGCUCCACCACCAGCUGUGUCGGGCCGCCGGAUUGGGACGCGGCCCGGGUCUGUGGGGCAGAGUCAGCUAGUCCAGGGAGAUCUUCAUAGUGACUGUUAGCCAAUAUGCGGACUUUCAGUGUGUCAUUGAGGCGGUCGUUGUCUGCGCCAGCUCUCACCUGCCCGUCUUUAAAUCGCUGAAGGAACAACUGUGACAAGACUCUGCGACACCUCAAGUGAACCACAUCAUCACUUUAAUUAUUAGUCGAUUUGUUGCAGGUGAAGUUUUUACCGACACGUGCAAUUUUUGUUCAUAAGACGUCCUGGGGAACUCAGAAUGUGAUGACGGCUUUUUGUCUCGACCGACCCUCGAGGAAGACAGAAGAGAGCGGUUGGAGGACUGGAGGCGGUCUUGUGCCCAGGAUCUAUUGUCUUCAGGAGUGUGUGUGUGCUUGUGUGUGUGUGUGAAGGGGAACACAUGACGUCCGUGGCCUGACCUUUGUGGAUACGCCCCAGAGGGGUCGUCUGGCCUCAAGAUUUAUUCAAAUAAAAAACAAUAAAAAGAAGAGAAGGCGAAGGCCGUCUUGAGAUCGAGCUUCGCCUUCGGGUCUCGGGCGACGGAAGGCGACGCCGACGAGGUAUCUCUGCGAGCACCCGAGGCGCCGCCGCGUUCCCGAGUCCACAGGUCUUGUACUGGAUUCUUCGAGUUUUUAAUCUUCGGGGUUUGAGCAGAAAUGUUUGUAAUCUGUUUAGGCUGUACAUAUACGUUACCCUGUUAUGUACACGCAACACACUGUACUUCUCACGCUGCGACACCGUGUGGACGUUCGCGAUUACCAAAGGCUUAACUUGUAUAUUAAUUGAUAUGGAUAUAUUACUUUAGUGUAACGUGAUAACACACUUAGCCUACUAGUCAUUUAUGAUACUGGGUAAUUUUGGUACAGUAUCACGAUUUGGAACUCCGUACUCGCUUUUGUAGGUUUAUUAAUGUUCCAAAUAUUCUCUUCCGGCAUGUGGCAACCUUCCCGCCAUACUAACACCGGCAUAAGUUUAAGCGAAAUAAAAUGGAAAAAAUUCAACUUUUUUCGGAUUAACAUGCAGAUCAACUUCCUUCUCAUACGCGAUGAUUCGAGAAAUGAUUUAAAGAAUAAAUAAAAGUUUCGUAAAUCAACAGCACAUGAUUGUCAAACUUUUUUUUCGUUAUUUUGGUAAUUUUUGCAAUACGUGCAGUAUUUUUUUAAACCGUUUCUUUAAGACUAGGAGUAGCGAUGCGACUUUGUGUCCUCGAUACCGUUGGGCGUGAGAAGGAGGGGAGGCCGGAAGGAGGAGGGAGGGAGGGAGGGAGGGAGGAGAAGGGAGAAGGGGCACUCGCUUCCGGUGCGAUGGUGGCACCGGAGAGGGAGAAGGGGGGAGAAAGGAGGGGAAGAGGGAAACAAAGAGAGCCAGCCGCCUUCCUCUCUUCUCUCACGCUUUCCUUUCGGACGCGUUUCGUCUUACAAGAGAAACACUUUUAGCUAAGCUUUGGAACAGUCAUUCACACUGGAAAGUCAAACGAAAAAUAAGAAAAUACUUAUUAAAGAAGCGCUUGUUUGAAUAUGCAAAGGCUUCAAAAUUCCCUUCCAACUAGUCCUGUUUAGCGUUUCCUAUUUUUUGGCGUUCGGUUCCCACGGAGGAACUGAUGUGUCUGACUGUCGCUCAUUUGCAAUCCCUUGAGUCACUCUGCCAAAGGUUUUUUAAAUUUUGUUUUUCUCUUUUUCUCUCAAUUUGUGCGUGCGAUCGGUGAGUAGCGCCUGAUUAGCCGAACUAGUAGCCCUUGAGGUGGCGUGGGUGCGAGCGCGAACACAGGCGCGUGUAUUCCCGCGCGCGAGAUGCCGCCCUGCAGGGAGAGUGCCCCGCCCGACGUCCGCCCCCACCCCCUGCGGGCACGAGGGUCUGGGAGGGGGAGAGCUGCUGCCGUGGGGAGUAGGAAGGUGGGGGGGUUGGGGGGUUGCCGCUGGACCGGUGAUGACUGAAUGGACCUCAUCGUCUGCAUUUUUUUUUCUCUCUCUCACUCUUGCCUCUUUCAUGGGAUGAGUUGCUAGUUUCUUUCCCUAAUUAGCUUCCAAUUUAGGGGGAUUUCAAAAGGGUUAGAACGUUCCCUUUUUUGGCUUUUUCACCCUACUUUGAAAGGCGGAGCAAUACCGUGGGUUUCUGUACGUGCUCAUGUAAAUAACACGAAAAUGAUCAGCGACGAUACUGAAUCAUGGGUUCUUGUGUGGCAGUCCCGGUGACGUAUGGAUAGAAAACGCACCCACGUCUAAACUGUAUAGACUGAUAAAAAAAAAAUGAAAACCAAGAAUGCACGGUGAAAUGAAAAGAUACACACCCAUCUUGCGAAAGUUUUGUGAAAGCAUUUUGAUAAUUCGUUGCUAUGUUUACCGUCCAGGGAGCAGCACUCCUUCUCGCCCCAGACCCACUUAACGUCCAUCAACCCCUUUUGUCUGAUCAUUCCCAUAAUAGUGUGUGGUGAAGAAAACCCCCGCCCCCUGAACUAGUAACAGUAACAAUGACAAACCUUUUUUUGGAAACACUGCUGGAUCGGUGUCCUAUAGGCUACUGUCUGUCAUGUCCACAACACUGCUUUGCAAUCGUCUCAAGCCCGUGAUUUUUAGCCGUUUUCGUCCGUGCCCUACGCAAUAACAUAAUUCAGAUACUUCGUGUAAUUAGUUUUUCCGUGAAGUGGAAAACCUGUACGUGUCAUGAACUGUUUUAUUGACUGACUGACCCCCUGUCCCCCGUCUCCCUCCCUCUCCUCCCCUUUGCCUGUACUUGUUCUCUGUUCAAAGCUUUUUUUCAAGCAAUUCAGUUCUUCCCCCCUUCCCCCCUCCACCCCAGUUUAUCCAGCUUUUCAAUGUCAUAUGAUGCCCAGGAUGCGGUAGUCAUGCACGAGAGCGGAGGGGGGCCAAAUUAAAAUUGUUGAUUUAUGUGUCUUAAUUGGGUACACCCCCCCCCUCCGUCUCUCAAAUUUAGGUCGGUGCUCCUGAAAGCAUGGCUGCCGAAGGAUCCUCUUUAUUUCUCUUUUUUCUUUGUUCUAUUAGUUGCCCUACGGCAUUUUGUUGUAAGUAUUAAUGCUACUGGUGUUACUACUUUAAACUCUUUCAAAGGUACAAAUGACGUAGCUCUUGACCUAUUUUUGUAGAAGGGCUUUGUAAAAAAUAAUGGUGUCGAAGGGGUUUUAGAAAAAGAAGAUACUCCUCAGUUCCCCUUGCAACAUAUAUAUAAAAAUGUCCAUUAUGUGUUGAAAUGGCGCAAAAAUGCCCUGCUUUGUUUAUGAGUUGGCGUCCAGUGAAGAGAAGAUUCUCGUCGAGAGGUGAUGUCUCUCACAGUGCUGAUUGAACGUUUCGUUAGUCUCCGCCUCCUUGGUUCACGACGAAGCAUCGAGAAGAAAUAGAAGACAAAAACAAAACAAAAAUGCGCUGAGUGAGGCGUGGGCGACGUCUUAGGUCUAACGCGAGUGUGAGCGGGAGUCCGUCCUCGCCCUCCGCCGCCUCCUGCCUCGGAACACCCACUCCGUCAUGCCUGCCGGAGACCCCGGGAUGCAGGAGGGACUCUGGAAAAGGUGCCUUUCGAGGCUCCUUCGGCGUGACCUCCCAGCGAGGGGAGGCGAGAGGGGCGCGAGGGCGGACCCCGCCGAGGUGUGCCUCAUCCCGGGAGGGAUCGGCGGCGACGGAGAGCCGAAGGUGCCAAGCCCAGCAGCCGACCCUCCACCCACUCCACCAGAAACCAGCGGCGCCACCUCUUGGCCACGAACAGUGCCAAGGUGCAGUGUGCGAGUCGUGACGUCGAUCACAAGGGAGAGAGAAAGCGAGAGAGAGAGAGAGAGAGAGAGAGAGAGAGAAAGAAAGAGAGAGCGAGAGCGGGGCCGUGGACGGUAGAGUGGGAAGCGGACACCUCAACCAAUGCUGUACAGUACUCUAGGCUGCCCGCUACUCUAUGGCAUCAUACAUAUUUGUUUAUGUAUGAUUUUGAUGUACCUGCUUUUAAGAUAUAUAUAAAAAAUAUAUAUACAAAUUGUUGCCAAGGGCAACUUUUAAUACCUGUUCAUAUGGAUGUUGUUGGUCUCUUAUCAUUGUAAAGAGUGUACAGUGAACACACGCAUAGUAUAAUUAUAUGAAAUUAUAUUACCUGCCGCAACUAUUAUCACUGCUGUUCUGAUCAGUGUUAUUUUCCCUUUGUAUAAAUACGGUCACAACAUUGUGGUGAAAAUGUGUGCCAUAAUUGGUGCAAGUAACAAUACAGCGACACAGUAAUAAACUAUUGCCAAGCAGA